AUGGAUGAUAAUGAGUUAGUGAUGUUGCAAAACAACACAGGAACAAAUAGAAUGAAAACGAUUGCACCGAUUAAUGGGGAUAUGCAUCUAUAUGUAAUGCAUACAGUGUUUGGGGAAGAGAAAAUACUUCCUCUUGAAAACAAUGUAGGUCACAAUGGUGUAGAAGACAACAACUUGGAAGAUGACAUGUUGGAUGAAUUGAAUAAUGCUGCUGUAAUAGGAAUUUUUUAUGGCUUGGGGACCAUUAAAGAUUUGAAUAAUCUAGGAUACAAUAAUGGAUAUUACUUUAGACGAGACCACUGCAUAGUAUGUGACCAAUAUGAUAUAUUGGAUAACACACUUUACUUUAUAAGUAUUCAAGUUGAUUCAUUUGCUAAGGUACUUAUUUGUAACCAAGAAGAUGUUGAGGGACUAGAAUGUAACAAGGAAGAUGAGGGGUUGGGUAAAGCCAAGGUUGGGAGACCAAGGAAACAAAAGGUGGUGGCAAACCCUGGUUUAAUUGUGAAAAUUAGUAGUCAACCAAGCCAACCAAGUCAAGGUGGAAAGGAAAGUAGUGAGAAUCCCGACAGGCCUUUGAAUCCACAUUUCCAAAGGAUUUAUAUUUUCCUUAAAGCUUACAAGGAUAGUUUCUUUAAGUGCAGACCUAUCAUAGGUUUGUGUGGAUGCUUUUUGAAAGGCUAUUAUGAUGGACAAAUUAUUGCAACAAUGGGGAGGGAUCCUAAUGACCAAAUGCUGCCAGAAGUUGACCAACUAUUUUGUGUUAGCCAACCAUCAAAUGUUACUGGUGCAUCAAGCCAACCACCAACUGAUGUUGCUACAUCAAGCCAUUCACCAACUGCUGCUGCUACAUCAAGCCAACCACCACCAAUUGUUGCCUCAAGACAACAACACCAGAUGGAUGUUCAACUCAACAACCAUCUAAAAAGAGAAAGAGACUUCAAAAAGGUCUACAACCAGUUCUGA